AGUGUACUCGGCCUUUUCCGUCAGUAGCCAGCCGGUGGUGUCACUCAACAACCGUGUAGACUUCAAACCACUCUAAACAUACCCCACACUACUGAACAGGUAUUAUUUCAGAGAAAAGCUGUCAGAGAAGUUUCUCUGCUGUUGUUCUGAUGGUCAGUCAUGGAUGAAGACGACAGCCAAGAUGAGCUGAUCAACCGCAGUACAUCCCACAGCAAAGGGAAAAGAGCUGCAUUAUGGGCCAUUUCAGAUGACUCAGACAACUGUGAAGAGGAGUCAGAGGAGGGAGAAUCUGACAGUGGUGAAGAAGGAGAAGAUGAUGAGGAGAAUGAGGAGGAGGACGGAGAGGAGAAUGAAGAAGAGGAUGAUGAGGAAGAGGAGGAAGAUGCUAAGCCCAGCGAUGGGGCUUUUGGGGGAACAUCUACAGAUUUUGCUGGGAUGAGCUCAGAUGAGGAUUCGGACAAGUGUCCCAUCUGCCUGAACUCUUUCAACAGUCAGCCUGUUGCUACACCAGAGAACUGUGAGCACUACUUCUGUUUUGACUGCAUCCUUGAAUGGGCCAAGAACGCAAACUCAUGUCCUGUAGACCGUAUUGCCUUUAAUAGCAUAUAUCUGAGGAAAUGUUAUGGAGGUAAAGUGAAGAAAAUGAUUACGGUGCAGAAGCCAGUGAAGGAAGGUCAAGAAGAAACGGUAGAUUUGACCCUGGAGCAGACAAACUGUGAAGUGUGUGGAGGCAGUGACCGGGAGGACCGUCUCUUGCUCUGUGAUGGCUGUGAUGCAGGGUAUCACAUGGAAUGCCUCACACCUCCUCUUGACUCUGUUCCUGUAGAGGAAUGGUUCUGCCCUGAAUGUGAAGCCAACAACCGUAACUCAAGAGUUUCAGCUGAGGAAGUUAGUGACACAGACAGCCUGCCCUCUACUGCCCGUUCUGCCACAAGUCGAUCACAGCCCCGUGGAGCCGGUCCCACCAGAGCCAUCGCCCGUACCCAGCAGAGUGAAAGAGUUCGAGCUAAUGUCAACCGACAUCGCAUCACACAGGCACGCACAUCUCAGUUGGCUCCCACGUAUCUAAUGCAGUCUACUUGGCUGGAUGAAACUAUUAAUGCUGUGGUGGCUGGGCUCAACACAUCUGUGUACAUACGAGACUUCACGCCUCGUAUCCCAUCGAGCCGCAGACGCAAGACUGGAAGGCGCAGAAAGGUGAGGAGUAAGAAGACUUCUUCUGCUAAUGGUAAGAAAGGUAAAACGGCAACCACAGGAGUCAAAAAGAGGAAACGGAAAGUAAGGAGGACUAAAUCCAAGAAAAACAUGAUGUUGAAAAAGAAACCUACCGCUCGAAGCCGUAUUGCUAAUAAUCUUGGAAUUGUAAAAGACAAGAAGAGCUCUUCACUUCCGACAGUAUACCGGCCGUCAGAGCACACGCUAAGCAACAUGCGUGCUGACAUUGGAGCUGCAUCUCUCUCUAUCUACGGAGAUCCGUUUGACCUGGAUCCUUUUGUGGAUCGUGAAGAGGAUGAGCAGCAGGCCCACGUCACAUCACUGUUGGAGGCCAAGAGACGAGGGAUCUCUCGCUCUGCUCUUCGCUCUCACCAGCCUGUGGCUCGGCCAGUCACUGCAAGCCUUUCCAGGCGGGGUUUGGCUGUUCCCCAUUCAGCGGAUGUUGUGGAGGCGGCUCCUGUGCCUGAUCUGCUGGGCAGCAUCCUAUCAGGACAGAGCAUGCUCUUGAUGGACAGCUCUGAUGUCGUCAUUAAUCGAGAUGGUUCGCUUAAAGCUGCAAAGCCAAUGAUGCCAUCCACAUUAAUGCCAGGUUGCAGCAAAAGCAGUAGCUCAGGAGAUACCGGCACCCUCAACCACCCGGGGAUGUCACCUAGCCAAGGAGACACUUCUCUGCCUCUUCACCAUAAUGGAGAUCUGCCGGGAUCCUCCCGUAGCUCUAUGAACAGACCUUUAUCACAGAGCUCAUCUCACUUACCGCCCUUCUUGUCCUCCUCAGCCAGCCACACUCCACCACCUCCUCAUUCUGAUUUGCCACUCAGAGGACAUCCAAGUUUGCAGCCUCCUCAUCCAAACAGACCCACCGCCACUCUUAGUCCCUGGAGAACCAAUGGAGUUGGAGCCCGCAGGGAAGCCACCUCCUCUUCCGUCCACCCUCCCCCAGACUCCAGUUCUAAGAGCAAGGGAAUGGCUCCAUCACACUCCCAACCUAAAAAAGCACCUACAAAGCCCAUGUGGGUAGAUGUGGCCGUGCUUCCUAGGAUACCAAAAAUAAAAAGGGAGGGUAGCAGUGUCACAAAUGGUGGCACUAGUCAAAGUGGUAGUAGUAGAGAUAGUAGCAGCCAUUCUGUCACUGGUAGUAAUGGUUACGGCAUGCCUGAAACAAGCAUGAACAGCCUUGCUGGGGACAAAGGAAGGCGGCAAAGUGUAGACCAGCAAAAGGGCCAAUCUGACAGUCAGACCCAGAGGCAUAGGUCUGAUGGAGCAAGCUCGUCAUCUGCCUUCUCCAACUCUUUCGCUUCUUCUUCUUCCUCCUCCACUGGCUCUCUUGCCGGCCAGUCUCGGUAUUCCUCAUCUUCCUCGUCUUCAUCAACGGUGAGCUUCCGUAUUAACUCCAGUGGGAACUCCUGGCAUUCAAGGCGGCUAAACAUUGCAUCAUCCCCUGCUAGUGGAAACACUAUGCAGGAAAGCUGGAGAAAAAAGGAAGAUGAAGCAAGAAAGAGACAGUUGCACAGAGAUAAACAAAUGCUGCUGGCAUCACGUACGCCAGUUGGUAAGGAGCAGGAAAAUAAUAUGUAUGAUCCCUUUAAUCCCACUCUGUCUGAUUCAGGCAGCUCAGGCGAUGAAGCCGAAAGCACAAGCUUAGAUAGCAGCUCUCGACAAGCCACCAGUGAGAGAAAGUCCUCUAGUUUAGGAAAUGAAGAGGGCUUAGUUCAAACUAAACAGGACCUGGUACCGGUGAAAACUGAAACACAGGAGCCUGAGAUGUCACAGGAAGAACCAAGGAGAGCUCAGGAAAACAUGACACAGGAGGUCAGAGGCUCAGAGCUCAGUGUGAAGGCUGAAAGAGAAUCAAGAUUAAUAGACAUAAAGACUGAGAAACAGACACUAUUUCUGAACACUAAAGUUAAAAAAGAACCAGGGUUAGAUGAUGCAGAUGAAUUAGAAGGAUGUGAUGACAAAUCAAAGAGUUAUUUGAAUUCACAGACCACAGAUGCCACAUCUACUGCACAUCAGAGUCUGGAGUUUUUAAAGACUGAAAGAGAGCCUCAAGAAGAGGAGAAUGGACACUGCGCUGGAACUAACUAUAAGGACGAUUCAUCCAGAGCAUCCAGUUCUGCUGCCACCAAGAAGAAACAAAAAGAAGAAACAAAAUCAGAAUCCCCAUCCUGUUCCAAGUCACCAUUAAGAGAUUUGGGUCAUAAGAAGAAGACCUCCAAAGAUUUGAAGGAGCAACACUCCAGCAGUUCGGAAACAGACCGAGGCAGAGGAGGUGAUCGUCAUGUCUCAGGUCAGGGAGACAGGAAGAAAGAAAAAGACAAAGACAAAGAAAGGAGUUCCAGGCGGUCACGAUCUAGAGAGAGGAGAAGGGGCCAUUCAACCUCUGACAGCUCUCAGCCCAAUUCCCCUGAUAGAUCUCACAGAAAGAGACGGCGAUCCCGCUCACGAUCCAGAGAUGAGACGAGGAGGAGGCGAUCCAGGUCUGGUUCCAGCUCUAGCAGCAGGGAGCGUUCAAGGAGGAAGAAACAGAAACGGAGAAGCAAGGAGAGAUAUGAUGACAGAGAAAGAGACCACGAGAGAAGACGGGCCUCAAAGGACAAGAGACGUGGUCGCUCUCGCUCAAAAUCCCAGUCAAAGUCACGUUCUAGGUCCAGAUCUAGAUCAAAAGACCGUAAGCGUGUACCAUCAAAAUCUCGGUCCAGAUCCAGAGAAAGGAGGAAAGAUCACACCAGACCUCAACAUCCUUCUGUCUCCUCCCGGGACAAAGUGGAAUCGCGAUCUAAAGAUAAAAGGAGACACAGAUCUAGAUCCAACUCAAGAGACAGAAGGAAAGACGUGUCAUCCAAAAGUGCACAGAAAACUGCAGGUUCAAGUGUUUCAUCCUCCAAAGACACAAAGCGGCUACAGGACAAGAAAAAAGAGAAGGAUAUUCCUCAAAGCUCCAUCCAAGAUGGAAAAGUAGAUAAGGUGAAUAAGCAGGAGCUGCUCUCUCGUUCCUUUACCUCUAAAGUCAAAAAGGAAAGCAAAGACCUUGGAUCAGACAGCCAGGCCACAUCUGCAGAACUGACAAAACCAAUGAAGGCUGCAAAAGAAAUUAAGAAAGAAAAACAACUAUCUCUCGAUAUGUUUGAAGAUUGUACUAUUGAUAAACCAAUUAAGAAAGAAGAAGCAGACACCCCUUGUUUGACAGUAAACAAAAACGUAGAUGAGGGAUUUAAAGACUCCAUUAAGAUUGAGGCUUGUGAAAUAUCGGUAACUAAAUCAGAGCCAAGUUCCCCAGAGUUAUGCAUCUUACUCCCCGUCACCUCAUCUUCUACACUGACCACACCUGUUAAAGCAGACAGCCUCCAGGACACUGUCUCACAGUCUCGUGCAGUGUCAGUCGACUUUGUCAAACAGGAAAACACUGUUGAGUUGACUGUCCCUGUUAAACAAGAAGUUCAGCAAACCUCGGACUCUGACGAUGACUUUAAUGUUGAUGUGAUGUUGGACAACCUGGAUUAUGUGAAGUCUGAGAACACAGAGGGGAGUGAAGCAGCUGUUAAACAGGAGAAAGAAGAAACGGAGGGGAAGAAUGAGGCAGAGCCGGUACUGACUUUAGUAGGAGCGAAAUCCAAGACUCAAGUGAAGCGGGUCACAUGGAAUAUACAGGAGCCUGAGGGGCCUCAACCAGAAAAAUCUGCAAGCAAGGUGGCGCUGUAUAAGUUGAAGCUGAAGCAAGAGGGGAUUCGCAGACCCUCUCUAGCAGUCCAGACAUCCAGUCAGGACAUCACUGGAGCUGUCUGUGACGCCCCCAAGAAGGUUGCUGCUGUUGUUUCGCUCAGUACGUCCUCUAAAUCUGAUGGUCUGCAUGCUGGGGAGCUAUCAUCCACCGGGCAAGGAGAGGGCGAGGAAGGGGAUUUAUCGAGGAAAGACAAGCAGUAUUUAAAAAAGCUGCAUAUGCAGGAGAGAGCUAUUGAGGAGGUAAAGCUAGCUAUCAAGCCUUUCUAUCAGAGGAGAGACAUCAAUAAGGAUGAAUACAAGGAGAUUCUACGUAAAGCUGUCCAGAAGGUGUGCCACAGCAAGAGCGGGGAAAUCAACCCGGUGAAAGUGGGAAAUCUGGUUAAGGCAUACGUGGACAAAUACAAACAUGCUAGGAAACAUAAAAAAGGAGAGGAUUCAGGGAAGGUGCAGGAGGUACAGGCUGAGCCAAUGCAAAUCUCUGACAGUCCGUGAGGAGGCAGGAACCACAGGCAAGGACAGACACACCCACAUUAAGCCCUUGUUCAUAUGCUAUUCUGUGUUUUACUUUAUGUCCUACCACGGGGCAUGACCUCCUAUAUCCAGUGUAAAUGGUAAACUAAGACUUGCUCACAGUUUCAAGACGGAACAUUUUCUAUAAUGUCAAGCUUUCUAUCUUAAUAGUAUUUUGAGGACAAACUUACUCCAUUGAUGACUUGAACUGCACCUAUGGGUGUCUUUUGCUUGGACUGUCACUUUUUGUGUAGUGCAGCUCAGAACCAUAAUAGGAGACUUUGAGGCUAUGCCUUAAAGAGGCAAAACUCAAUCAGGUAGCUUUCUCUACGAGUGUAUAACUGGGAGGAUGCAGUGUGGUGUGGGCUUUGAGUUUUCUAUUUUUUUUUUCUUUAGUGGGAAGGGGUAUUUAUCAGUGGGAAAACUCAUCUUGUCAGUUAAGAAGCGGUAAAAGUAUGCGGAGUAUGCAUAUUUAGAAAGAUUGCCCCGUUAAGGAAAGACACUGUUAUGCAAUUUUUGUAGAAAAUCUAUCCGUAAUGAAACAAUUUUAGAUUUGGUUGUAAAUAAUAUAGAUUUUGAUAUAUCAUAUCCACUUGUAAGUUCCUUUCAUCUGUGUUGCCUGUUGCGAAUGACUGACAUAAAUGGUUCCUAGUUUAGCGUUGAUUGAUUUAUGUUUUGUAUUUAAAAGCUUGUGUUUUUUUUUUUGUCUGCCACAUCGCUAACAUCCGUGUAUAAAGAACUAUAUCUAGUCCAGUACACUCCAGGUAACUUCAGCCUAUUUUCUGAGGUCACUUGUUUUGUUCUUUAGAAAAUUAAUGUCAGAAUUAUUUUUUUCAGCCUAUGACAGAAAUGUAGGAAAGCAAGUUUUAGAGUGAAGUAUUUUGUUUUUGUGCCAAAAGAGUAGCAAUUAUGAUAACGCAGUUUAAAAAAAAAAAGAAAAGAAAAAAAAGCACCAUUUCCUUGAAUAAGUGAGAUUAAAUUUAUUUGGGUUAUCUGUUUUUAAAGAGGGAAGACUACAGUUCCAUAGAGGUAAUGUAGGUUUUACUUUGGAGGGAUUAAACUAUCAACUUCGGAUAUCAAAGGCAGAGUUUCAACCCCCAUGUUUUUGCAAAAUUGAUGUCCAGAUUUUGUCACUGUCCAGCCUGGUUGUGUCAUGUUCAAUAUUUUAACUACAAAAUUAAGUUUUCCUUUUUGUAUUAAAUGUUUGUUUAUAUUACACUAACUUUACUGGCAUCAUUUUAUGGUUUAGUGAAGUCAAAUUUUAGGCCGUAUAUAAGGGUGUGGUUGGAUUAAUGCCAUUCAUUUUUAAUGAAGAAAACUCUGCUGCUGCUCUCUCUCCGUUUGUUUUCCAUUUGCUUUUCCUUUUCACUUCUGGAACACGUAGUUUUCCUUAUGUGCAGACUUGAUUUUAGGGAGAGGAAAAAAGCGGCAUGGUGCUAGAUAUUUAGGGAGCACAGUCAAGUUACUGUGAUUCGUUUCUCAGCCACAAACUGCUUCAGUCCGAGCACCAAGUGUGCUGACAUGUUGUCCUGAUGAUCGAUCAAACCAUUUUCUCACAGCUGUGGCCUUUCUUAUUACCCUUAUCAAACUUCAUGUUUUCCUCAUUAAAACAGACUUGCAUUAGUGUACAUGUCACAAGCCACAACACUCUCCAGUGUCGGUAUAAUGGGAGUAAACACAUGCCUUUAGUUCAGAAAAGCGAAGGAAUCUUCUGUAGUAAUUACAGCCUUGGUAUAACUGCGUUGACAUUGUGUCUUUCCCCGAAACUUUACUCUUAAUGAUAGUCUUCACUACUCUAACAUUGCUUUCUCUAAAAAAAAUAUUGAAAAACCAAUUCCUGCACCUUUUUUUGUCUGAGCGGCUUUUUUUGCCCACGUUAAAGACGGAUUAGCUGGGUGGUUGGACUUGCCUUGUACUUUGUCAUUCAUGUUAAUUUGGGCUUCAUAAAGCCAAGGACUUGGAAUGGAAGAAGAGUCUGAAAAAUAGGUGCUCAUGUUAUCUGAAUGUAUGUGAAUGUGUUUUUUUUCUGUAUUUACUUGAUCAAACAGGCCAGGUGUUUCGACGAGGGAACACAAACAAUAAAUCACUGAGAAUAAGUCGA